AACAAAAUUCACAAAAGAAGCUCCGCCCCGAAAAGAGCGCAGCUGUACACGAGACAUCUUAAAUAUAAAUCAGUUUGAAAGGAAAUUCCUGUGUUCAACAAAUUGCACUGAUUCAAGAUGAGGUUCGUUCUUGCUUUAGGGAUUCUGGUCGCCCUUGCUGCGGCCCAGACCAUGUCACCUGCACAGAUGAUGCACGUCAUGUCCCUGCUCACCGAGAUCAAGAAACUCAUUCCCAGCAACUGGAGAGUGGAAAGUCAUCAUGGAGGGGACCAUCACCUCUUCCUAUUCAUCGACGACAACCCAGAGGAGAGGAUUUGUUAUGUGGUGACCAUCAGCCAUUCUUGGGAUUCUUUGCUAAGCAAUCAUAACACCCUGCUACAGAUUGCGGAGGAAAUGAGCGAUUUUGCCAAGAAUGCCCCAGAAGUAGUUGCUCCUCUUGAAAACCGUAACCUCAUCGACACGUACCAAGACUUCCAGGCGGCGCGUGAGUGCCAAGGGCAUGCAACCUACGUCGUGCGAUACGUCCCCUCCGCUUUGGGUUCAUCUGCGUGAAAGGACGAGUCCAGUGAGGGUCGAGUACGAGUUCAACAGCUUGGAUGAUCAGAUUUAACUUUUAAUGCUUUUUUAUUAAAAAAUUCGUAUAUGUAUAUUUUUAUAUAUACUAAAUGUGGCUAUCUUCAUCUCGAAUGGGAAUGAAAGAAUACUAGAAUAUGGUAAA